GCCACGGAGGACGGACGCGUUAUCGUCUCGCGCGAAUAAAUCGCGAGCUUUCGUUUUUACCUGUGGAUUGUAUGUGAUAGUUCUGGAAAACUGGUGAUUUGUUCAUUCAUUACACCGGGAUUGUCGCUCUCAAGGUACAACAGACAAGACAAGAUAAUUACAGUGUGAUAUAUCAAUCGUGCUGAAGUAAUAAGUUCCUAAGAAAACUUUCAACAGAUUCUUCGUAAACAAGAUAAGCCGUUGGCGAAACAUACAUUCCAGUUAAAGACUAAAAUCGGCAAGCGUUAUUUUAAAUAGCAAAAUUACCGCAACAUGACGAACCAAAAAGCGAGGAAAAAAUUUCAAUGUAUACGAUACGAGGAGGAAUUAUAGUUUAGCAAAUUAUAAGAAGUAAAGUCAUGUGAAAAGGAUAUCUUAACCAUAUCAAAAAUAUCCACACAUAUCUCUCGUUGUAUUCGCAAUACAUGAAAUAUCACACUAUGAUGCUAGUCGCCUAAUUGUGAUUGUAGAUAAUGUUAUAAAUUAUUUGCUCAAAGAUUAUUAAGUAGUUUAUAAUAGAUUAAUAAUUAAUAAAGAAGUUGAAGAAGAAAACGAAAGACACAAUGAAGUACACGAUGUUUUUCCUGAGGCGGCGAAGUCUGAUUCUGAAGGCGGUGCUGAUUCUGACGGCUCUGUGGUUCAUGGUCGCUUUGCUCACGACCAACGGAGGAUCCAGGAAUGCGAUCGUCGGCCCGCCCAUUGAAUACUUAGAUGCAGAAGCGAAGCCUUUGAAAAUGGCCAAGCCGACGUCGACGAAACGGAAAAGCGAAUCGUACGGCAACAACCUUUCAGACGCGCCAACGCGUGUCGAUUGGAUCGGUCGGAUUGCGGGUAAUGAAGGACUGGGCGUAAUAGCCGCCCCCGGGUCGGACAAUGCGCCCGGUGAGCUCGGCAAGCCGGUGGUUUUGCCCAAGAAUAUAAGCGAGGAUGCAAAGUUGGCGGUGUCGGAGGGGUGGAAAAAGAACGCGUUUAAUCAGUACGUGAGCGAUUUAAUAUCGAUUAGGAGGAAGCUGCCCGACCCAAGGGACGAGUGGUGCAAACAGCCAGGCCGUUACUUGGAAGACCUUCCACAGACCUCAGUAGUUAUUUGUUUCCACAACGAAGCGUGGUCAGUCUUGCUGAGAACUGUACAUUCAGUGAUUGACAGAUCACCAGCACAUCUGCUAAAGGAGAUUAUUUUGGUGGAUGACUUUUCGGAUAUGCCUCAUUUGAUGCAACAACUUGACGACUACAUGUCUUCCCUUCCCAAAGUCCGGAUAGUUCGCGCAACCAGACGAGAGGGACUAAUUAGGGCUCGACUGCUAGGAGCUCGUUACGUCACUGCCCCUGUUCUUACCUACCUCGACAGUCAUUGUGAAUGCACUGAAGGUUGGCUCGAACCUUUGUUGGAUAGAAUAGCUAGAAAUAAAACGACGGUUGUUUGUCCAGUAAUUGAUGUCAUUGACGAUAACACUUUAGAGUAUCACUACAGAGACUCGACAUCCGUCAACGUCGGUGGUUUCGAUUGGAAUCUUCAGUUCAAUUGGCACCCAGUGCCACCCAGGGAAAAGGCCAAACACAAACACACGGCCGAGCCAGUUUGGUCGCCCACCAUGGCGGGCGGCUUAUUCGCAAUCGACAAAGAAUUCUUCGAGAAAUUGGGAACUUACGACAGCGGAUUUGAUAUAUGGGGUGGAGAAAAUUUGGAACUCUCAUUUAAAACUUGGAUGUGCGGCGGAACUUUGGAAAUCAUUCCCUGCUCCCACGUCGGACAUAUCUUCAGGAAACGAUCGCCCUACAAAUGGCGAACCGGCGUGAACGUCUUGAAAAAGAAUUCCGUGAGAUUAGCUGAGGUCUGGUUGGAUGACUACGCCAAGUAUUACUAUCAACGCGUCGGUAACGACAAAGGUGAUUAUGGAGACAUUAGCAGCCGCCUGGCGCUACGCGAAAAACUGGGGUGUAAAUCUUUUGAAUGGUAUCUGAAGAAUAUCUAUCCUGAGUUAUUUAUACCUGGUGAAUCCGUUGCUAACGGCGAGAUUUGGAUCGAAGCCGACCGUCAGUACUGUCUCGAUGGUGAAGAUUUAAACGAGGAUGAGGAGACUCAGUAUCUUAGAGUACAUUCAUGUCACCAUAUGGGUCACUAUCAGUACUGGAUGUAUUCUAAGGGCGGUGAGAUUCGCCGAGACGAGACCUGCCUCGACUAUUCGGGUCACGACGUCGUCCUGUACCCAUGUCACGGGGCCAAGGGAAAUCAGUUAUGGCUGUACGAUCCCAGUACGAAGCUAAUUAAACACGGCUCCAGCGAAAAGUGCAUGGCGAUAUCGCGGAACAAGGAGAAAAUCGUGAUGGAGACUUGCAACGAAGACGAGAAACGACAGAUGUGGAACAUGGAGAACUUCCAUCCCGACAGGCUCAGUCCGGAGCUGGCGGCCGAGUAGCCGGAGGCCUACGACGAAGUGCUGUUCAUUUAGGAACAAUGAGACUUCUUGUGAAACGAAUAGUACUUUUUGUGAAUCAGUCGGACUCCUUGUGGAAUUUAUUGGACUUUUUGUGAAUUUAUCACUUGUUGUUGAACGCAUCGCUUUGUAGGAUUGUAAUAUAUACGUUUUAUAGAUUUGUGAUUGUAAAUACAAGCUGUAUAAUAUUUGCCGUUGGUAUGGCCUAGCGUUAGAGUAGAUUCUUUGUUUUGUAUUUGGAGAGUUUUUAGUUUUAUUGUUCUUGCCUAUACUUAUAUUGGCUUUAAAUAUUUAUCAUAAAUUUCUUGUUAAAUUAAAAACGUCAUUGACGAAUAUAUCAGAGGUUUAAUUUUGCUUAAUUAACGAGAGGUUUGUUAAAACAGUCUGAAUUUUUUAUUCAAGAAUGAAGUAUGUGCGUCUGAAGAUUAUUUUAAAUAGUUUAAUCACGUAAGUAUCGAAAUGUAAAUUGACAUAAAGUAUUGCAUAUCAAGUAUUAGACAUAUUCACAGAAGCCUGUACAUAUCUAAGAUGUUGAUAGAUGAAAAUAUGUGGAUAUUUUUAAAUUCGCCAUUUUUCUAAUAGAUAAAAUUUCCAAUGUUGAAACUUUAUACUAUGCUGUCCAAGUAUUUUGUAAAUGAAUUAAUAUAAUAAUAUUAUACCUACCUUAUUCUUAUCCUUAUAAAAGUAAAUUAGGAAAAGUUAGCAUCUUAUUUUUAUUGACCUAAAAGAGAUUUUUAGCAGUCAUUUGUUUUUAAACUGGUUCAUGUUUUGCUAUACAGUUGUCAGAUUAUUGUAGCUUUAGUAUUAAUGUCUUAAGGAAAUAGAGAU